CAUGAGUUCACUUCUGGUCGGUCGGUUGUCCGCUUGAUCUUCUUGGUUUGGUGUCGACCUCCUGGACAUAAAUCGCGAACCGAAGACGAAAAAAAAUUCUUCGACAAAAGAGACACGACAUCGCAUUGCCGGUCGGUGCCGAGUUUAUUUCAUUAUAAUACUCUUUUCUUUCACCGACAAUCUGCGAAGAGGACGCGCCAUGACGGCGUGGACUCGAAUUUUCCAAGGGCCGGUCCUGGUCCUGCUCUUCGUCCUUUGGGCACCGCAAGCUGCACGAGCCGCCCCGUACGAACAAGACACGACAGAAAUCGAAUAUUAUCCAAUCGCCGAUUCAACCGGUUGCUAUUACAACUUCCAACAUUACGACGAAGGAGACAGGAUAAUCACGAACGAGCCAUGUUUGAAUUGUACUUGCCAUAAUAGGAUGCUCAUGUGUUAUCUAAGAGUAUGUCCGUUUACAAAGGCGAUCGGUCAAGACUGCAAAAUCGAGAAAAGAGCGGAUCAGUGCUGUCCUGUUAUAACCUGCCCUGAAGUACCAGUGCAACUUUUGACAUCUACCACCCAAUCGUCGACAGCGGUCGGUCAUUUGGAUGCUUACGGGUGUUCCAUCGAUGGGCUGUUCUAUUCAGACGGAGCGAGAGUACCGUCUGAUCCCAACAAACCGUGCGAACUUUGUUACUGCAUCAGGAACAAAACGGCCUGUGUCAUGCAAGAAUGUACGCUCAAAGUCGAAGGAUGCAAACCAGUUUAUCAAGAAGGUGUAUGUUGUCCAGUUCGGUACGAUUGCGAACAUCCCGAUUACAACCUUCUAGAAACGACCACCAGAAGACUAAUUACCACAACAACAACAACACAAGCUCCAACAACGACUCUCGCUGGACCGGUCGACUGCGUCUACAAUAACGAAGUAUACGCUGACGGUGCUCUAGUCAUCAAAGAAAAACCAUGCGAACAUUGCUACUGCAUGAGAGGUGAUAUUGUGUGUGCUGUUCAAGAAUGCAACCCUACGCCACUCGACAAAGUCAACUGUACGGCAUUACCACCGAAAGAAGGACAAUGCUGUGCGGACUCUUACGACUGCGAUCACAUGACCGAAGAAGAACUUACGACCGGCUACUCGUACACAACACCAUCACUUGGUAGUUUCGAUGAAAAAGCAACAGCUCGACCCGAAAUUGAAUCUGUGACAACACAACAACCGGUGGGCAAAGAAGGUGAAACUCAAGAACCUGUUACAGUUGUACCGAGCGAAGCUGACAAAGAACAUCCCGAACAACUUCCUGAAAUACCCGAAAAGGAAGAUCACGAAGAACCAGUCAAAGGCGUUACGCCACUCUUUGACGAACACGCUCACGUCACGGAACCACAAGAAGUACCAACAACUAUCAAGACACCACAAGAAGAAGAAACGAAUGAAAUUCCAGAAGAACACGAAAUUGUAACUGCUGGUCCUCAUAUUCCAUCACAAGACGAGAUCCUUCAUCCUGGAGAAACUGAAUAUCCGAAACAUCCGACUGAAGAACAUGAAGCUGGUUCCGGCGAAGGACAAGUAACAGAACCGGAAAUUGAACCUGGACAAGCUACGGAAACUCCAGAAAUUGGAGUACCUAAAGGAACAGAAUUGCCUCAACAACCGGAAACCGCAAGUGAGGCUGAAGCUACUGAACUUCCGGAACAUGCAACUGAAGCUAAGGUACCCGAAAUUCCCGAAAAACCGGAACAUGUGACUGAAGGAAAGAUUACCGAAUUACCGCCAACUGUCACUGAAGUUGAACAUGAACAACCACAACACGUACCAAUCGAAGACCAUGAACCAGAAGAAGAACACGAACCAGAAGAAGAACACGCUACUGAACACGAAACACACGGAGGUAAAGGAACAGAAGUACCACAAGAACAAGUACCGGAAGAACCUGAAGUUGGUACCACUGAACAUCCACAUGUAAUCCAACACGUUACGGAGAUUGCACCUGAAAUUGGUUCUGGUUUGCCGCAUGAAAUGGCAGCUGCGACUGAGAAAACUGAAGGUAAAGGUACCGAAAUGCCACAAGAAGAACAUAUUCCGGAAGUAACAGAAAAAGAACAAGUUGGUGUUACGCAUUUGCCGUCCGGUCAUAUUCCUAAAGGAGAAGAAAAUGGUCAAGAGCCAAUUGAAGAAGGCACUGAGCUUCCACGAGAACACGUAACGGAAACGCAGACUGUUAAGGCCGGAGAAAUACCACAAGCACCUGUGACAGAAGGUGUACCACAAGAACAUGUGACAGAAUUGGAAGAAAAGGCCACUGAAGUACCGGUAUCUGGUGGUGAAGGUACAGAAGUACCACGUGAACAUAUACCAGAAGGUGGAAUUACUGAAAUACCGCCUAAAGAUUUGGUAUAUCCUACUGAAGUGCCUGAAGGCCAAGUAACAGAAGGUCAUGAGUUACCGAAAGAACAUGCUACAGUAUUGCCGGAACAAGGUACUGAAUUACCGAAGGAAGGAACUGAGUUGCCAGGAGAACAUGCUACUCAAGUACCAGGCAUAGUACCAGAAGAACAAGAAAAAGAAAUAUUACCUUCAGUGACUGAAGGUCCGAUUGCUGAACAUGCUCCAGAACAAAUAACUACAGCAGUACCCACAGAGAUCAAACCUGCCGGAGAAACUGAAGAACACGCAACACAUAAACCUGAAAGUGAAACUGAAGUUCCACAAGAACACGUUACUGAAGGACAAGUUAAAGGCGAAAGUACUGAAUUGCCUCAGGAACAUGUUACAGAAGAACUACCUCAAGAACACGAACUGCCUAAAGAACCUUCAGUCGAAGAAGAAAGUACUAAAUUACCGGAAGAACAUAUUACUCAAGGCCCAGAAAGUGAAAGUCCAACUGUAUUGCCAGCGGAACAUGUUACUGAAGCCAAGAUUGGAGAAGAAUCUACUGAACAGCCAAAAGAACAGGCUGCACAUGUUCCUGAUGUUGCUGGUCCAGUUACUGAACCACCAAUUGAACAUAUAACGGAAGAACAGGUCGCUAAAGGUACUGAAGUACCUGAAAAGGAACAUAUUACUGAACAUCCGGUAUAUGGAGCUGAAACUACCAAACAACCAUCUGAACACGUAACUGAGAAACAUAUCCCUGAAGUAACAACAUUACCACAAGAAUAUAUCACUGAAGGACAUGUGGAAGAAGGCAAAGUCACUGAAGUACCUCAGCCCCAUGUGACUGAACAAGGAAGAGGAACGGAAGCACCCGAAGGUCAAGUCACUGAAAUACCACAACCGCAUGCUGAUGAAGGUCAAGUAACGGAACAUCCAGAAGAACACGUUACAGAAGGACAAGUUAAAGAAAAACCAGAAAUUAUUACUGAAGGAAAACUUGAAGAAACAACAAAAUAUGCUGAAGAGCCAACACCCGUCGAAGGCGAAAUUCCUGCAAAUUAUCCCGUGGAACCUGAGCAUGCGCCGGAAGUUCCUGAACAACAAACAGAAAAGAUAAUUCCUGAAGUACCAGAAACUGGAACCGAAACUGCGACUUCGGUGCCUUCUGAAGAAGGUGAGACAGAGAAAACACACAAAACCACGACUAAACCAUCUCCAGUUGGACAAACUGAAGAAAGUGUCACAGAACACGAAAUCCAAACCCACAUUCCAAUUAAACCUAGUGAAGAAGCUGAAGGUACUACUCAUAGAUUCCCUCAAAUGCCAGUUGAAGAAGAACAAGAAACCGAAUCUGCGAUUGGUAAAGUUACAACGGAACAACCCAGUGAAAAAGAAACAGAAACUCCACAACAAGCAACUGAAGCUCCAAGGAUUCCAAGCGGAGAAUUCGACUCUACGAACGCUCCAGUGGAACCUUCUGGUGAAGGUACAGAAAAACCUACUUAUCCUCAUGCUGGUCAUGAAGAUGUUGAAGAAGAAGAGAAACCUGGAAUACCUGGUGAAGGCAGUUGUUUGGUUGAUGGACAAACAUACAAAAACAACUCCAACGUUCCACCAAUUAAUCACUGUCAAGUGUCUUGCAAAUGUGUUAGUUCGAUCUUGCAGUGCGAGUCUGUAACUUGUACACCACCUCCGUCCAAUUUGCAACACUGUAUGCCUGUGUAUCAAGGACCUGACAGUUGUUGUCCGACAUACAGUUGCAGUGUUCCUGGAGUUACUAGCAUGGAAUCAGAUAGUCACAAAGUUGAAAUAUCUACCACAGAAACAGUUCCAGGCACAAUCGGUGUUAACAUCUUGAUACCAAGCGAAGAAGGUACUGUUAAACCCGAAGGUACGACCGCUUCAAGCCGCGAUUCGACUGAAUUGCCAGAAUAUUCACUACCAGAAGAACAUGUUACUCAUAAACAACCUGAACAAGUUAGUGAAGCAAGUGAGACGCCCGAAAGCUACGUUCCACAAGCUACUACGAUCAAAUCGGUACCUGCACAUACAGAAGUACCAGUUGAAAUGGCAACUGGAACCGAAAAGAUUGAAGAAGGACAAGUUACUGAAAAACAAGGAGAAUUGCAACCCACAGAAAUUAGUCAUGAAGGCACUACACUCAAACCUAGUUCUGAAAGUGAACAACAACCUGAAGUUCAUGUUACUACAGAAUACCCAGAAGGUGUAGGACAUGACGAAGUUCAUCCAGAUGAAGAAGAAAAUGCUAUAGAAGAUCAUACAUAUCACCAGAUUAUAGAUUCUGGCCGGGUUUCUACGGAAAGGGAAGAAGAACAUGUAACCACUUCAUCGCCAGCAAUUGUAACUGACAAACAUCCAGUUUCUGUUACGGAAAGACAAGGAGAAAUCGUGACAGAAAAAACAAUUGAGGGAGAAGUACCUGCUACUGAAAUUCCUAAGUCUGAAGAAGUUCCAGCUGUAACUGAAGGUGUAACAGAAGGUGUUCCUGAAACUGUUACUGAAGGUGUAAAGGGUGGUGUUACUGAAGUUGCUCAUGAAGGAACUAUGAUAUCAGUUACUGAACCUGCUCAUAAAGUUAGUUCUGAAUCUUCAGUUGAAGAAGAAGCUAAAGUAACCACUGAACCUACUAAAGAAGGUUCAGCAAGUGCUACUGAACCGGCUAAAGAAUACGUUCCUGAAGCUGGAAAAGAAGAAGCUCCAGCUGCAACAACUGAAUAUCCUAAACCAAGUGUCCCUGAAGCUGAAACAAAACUUCCGGAAGGUGUAACCGAAGGAAAGAAAGAAUUGCCUGAAGUACCAAGCAUUACACAACAAGAACACGUUACUGAAGGUGUGAAAGAACAAGAACCUCAUUACGAUGAAGGUGUUCAUCCACAUGAAGAACACGUCACUGAACCUGAACUACCGGCUACUGUAGCACCUGAACAUGCUCCAGUAACUGAAGGAAAAGCUCCAGAACAGGAAACUGAAAAAGAAAUUAUUGAAGCUGUUACUGAACCAAGCGCAACAGAAAAGAUCCCUGAAAGUAUAAGCCAUGUAACUGAAAAGACACAAGAAGGUCAAAUUCCCACACAUGAUGAAGGUGCAACUCAAGUUCCUGAAAUACCUGAAAAAACGAGUGAAGAGGGCAAACCUGCCGAAGAACCUGAAGUCACGACUAUGCAUGUUCCUGCUAUUGGUGUCACUGAACCUGUGGUUACGGUACUUCCUGAACACAAACCUAUUGAAACUGAACAACUUCCAGAACACAAACCGACUGAAGCUCAACAACCAGAAGCUGGAAUUACGGAAAGAGUUGGUGGGGAGGAACAUACUACUCCUCAUGUGCCUGACGAAGGUUUACCGGAGCAUGCUCCAGGCACUCAACAACCUGAAGGAACAACACUACGACCUGAAGGUAGUACGGUUAAAGCCGCCGAACAGCCAGAAACGGUACAACCAGUUCAUGAAAUUGAAAGCAGUACUGUUAAGGCUGCUGAAGAACCGCAAGUUACAACCAUUCAACCAGGUUAUGAACCCGAAGGAAGCACUUCGAAAGCAGCUGAAGAACCAGAAAUUACUGCUAAACCUGGCUAUGAACCUGAAGGAAGCACUCCUAAAACUGUUGAAGGAGAACCUGCUAUUACAGAUAAAUCCAGUUUUGUGCCUGAAGCUACUACACUCAGAGGUGCUGGAGAACAAGAAGGUACCACAGCACAACCUAGUCACGAAAUUGAAGGUGCUGAAAAAGCCGAUAUUACAACGAUGCAACCUAGUCAUGAAGCUCAACAACCAGCAAUUACAACAGUUCAACCUGGCCACGAACAAGAAGGUACUACUGUUAAGGCUGUCGAGCAACAACCAGAAAUUACAGUCAAACCCAGCUACGAACCAGAGGGUAGUACACUUAAGGGUGCAGAACAACCAGAAAUCACAGCUAAACCUAGCUAUGAACCUGAAAGUACUACUCUUAUGGGUGCUGCACAUCCAGAAAUCACAGUCAAACCUGGCUAUGAAGCCGAAGGUACUACCGCUAAGAGUGUUGAACAACCAGAAAUUACAGUCAAGCCUAGCUACGGACAGGAAGGUACUACUCUUAAGGGUGUCGAACAACCCGAAAUCACAGCUAAGCCUAGCUAUGAACCCGAAGGUACCACUCUUAGGGGUAUUGAAGAACCAGAAAUUACAGCCAAACCUAGCUAUGAACCAGAAGGUACCGAGCAACCAGAAAUCACAGCCAAACCUGGAUAUGAACCCCAAGGUACCACUCUCAAGAGCGCCGAACAGCCCGAAAUCACAGUCAAGCCCAGCUAUGAACCUGAAGGUACCGAACAACCAGAAGUUACAGCCAAGCCUGGAUACGAGCCCCAAGGUACUACUCUUAAGAGUGCAGAACAACCCGAAAUCACAGUCAAACCUAGCUAUGAACCUGAAGGUACCGAACAACCAGAAAUCACAGUCAAACCUGGCUAUGAGCAUGAAGGUACAACUCUUAAGAGUGCCGAACAACCCGAGGUCACAACAGUUAAGACUGGUUAUGUUCCUGAAGGAAGUACCGAAGCCAGAAUUCCAGAAAAAGAAGAACCUCCUGUUCAAACCACUCCCGGAGGAGAGGAAGCGGGAGUCACAGAAAAGGAAACUAAACCAUUUGAGUACAUUCCUCCUACUUCUGAUCAUGAGCAUGUGCCAGAAGAAGGUGGAGUUACUGAUAAGGAAGGAGAAGCUCAUACGACUAUAGGCUACAAACCUGAAGCUACUAUUCGUCCUGAGCAUAUUCCAAGCGAAGGCGAAGCGCCUAAAGCUCCGGAAGAAGAAACGACGGAACCGGUAGUUACAGUUACACCAGUACCUGCACUACCGGAAGGACAACAACCUGAAGAAGGUGAAGAAGAAGCUCCAGCGAGACCCACAGUUCCAAGUCUCGAAGGAGAAAAAGAAAAAUCAACUGAAGUUCCUACAACGGUACGAUCUCCAAUCAGUGGUGAAGAAACCACUGAAUCUCGCCCCGCAAUCCCUGGCGAAGGCCAGGAAAGCCCCGAAACGUCAACCAAACCUGAAGUUUUCACUUCCCCAACACUCACGUCAACCGCUCAUCCCAACGCUUCCGAAUUAUAUACUUCGGGUCCAACUGUUGAAGAAGCGACCAAGAAAGGCAUCGCUGGUGAAUUAUCCACCUCCGCUCCGUCCACCACUCUCACCAGUUCCACAACACUGCCACCACCCCACAGCAUGCCCGAAUCGCCCGACUAUCAAGCCCCCGUCGAGGAGGAAGACUACGGCGAAGAGGACCAAAGUGCCUUCGGCCCUGGCACUUGUCGCUACGGCGGCAAAGUCUACGUUUCCGCUCAGCAAAUCCCUCGCGACGAUCCUUGCGAUUUCUGCUUCUGUUUCCGCAGCGACAUCAUUUGUUUGCAGCAGAGCUGUCCUCCGCCAAUCCCGCGAUGCCACGAAGAGCCCAUUCGUGGAUUCUGUUGCCCGAGAUACGAAUGUCCCGUUUCGAUGGCAACUUCUGUCAAUAUAACAACGACCACCACCACAACGACAACCACACUACCUCCGCACUUUUUCUCGCACGCUUACAAGGGCAGGGCCCAACGGAGCGGAUGCCAGAUAAGGAACAAAGCGUAUCAAGUCGGCGAGGAGAUCAAGUCAGCAUCUGGACCGUGUCUCCACUGCAUAUGUGGCGACAACGGUCAGAUGAAAUGUGAUCCGAAGGCUUGCAGUCCUGAGCCGAUGCUGAGGCAGAUGAUCGCCGCGGCGGAGUCGCGAAGGAGGAGAUGAGCCGUCGAAGGAGAAUAGUGACAAUGCACGAGUCAGGAGUGUUGUGCAAGUGAUAAGACAAUUAUAUAAUUGAUUAUAGUCGCGAACUUUAACAUAAAGCAUUCUCGGGUGCCAAAAUGAACUCUAAUCUGUUGUAUAACUUAGGUUUUGUGCCUUUUUGCGAGGACUUGGUCGAGUCCCCAUGUGCAUGUGGAAAAUCGCACGAGAAAACAACAAAUUUUGGUGAUGUACACGUAUACUUUCGACUACUUAUUUAUAUUAUGACUGAACUGAAAUUUUUUACAAUUUUUGUAAUUAGAUUUUUUCAAGUGUCGUUUUUUGAUAAGCCAUUUGAUAUACCCCAUGGGCUCUUAUAAUAAUUAGUGUUAUUUGUGUUGCGUAUCCCGAACGAGUCUGAGUUGUUUGACUAGCAGAAAGAGCAUAUUUUAUGUAGCUUAAACCGACUAUUUAAAUUACAAAAAAUAUUUCUGCUACUUGAACGCUUAGACGGCUACUUGUAUAUUAACGGAUGCUCAAUAUUAUAUAUAAUUAAGUAGAUCAUGUAGUAUUUAUCUAUAAUUAAAAAUAAAUAAAUUAUGUAAAUGAUUUACA